AUGCUUUCUGCCGCUCGCGCGGCGGCCGAUCUGCUGCUGCCAGAGCUGGGCCGCGGGCUGAGCACCGGCGUGGCGCUCUACGCGGCCAACCAGGGGCACGCCCAGAGCCCUGCGUGCUCGUGCGCGCCGCAGUUCCACUGCCCGGAGCUGCGGCGCGACUGCUCAGGCCUGCAGGGUUCGAGCAGCCAGGGGCCGAGCCUCUGGGCCGUGGCGCUGGCCUGCGCCACCAGCGGGCUGGUCGGGGCCUGCACCGCGGCGCUGGUUUUCUGGCGGGCGGGCGGCUGCUUCGUGGCGGCCCGCUGCCCGCAGGUCGGCAGCGGCGCGCAGCCUGACUUCGAGGAGGAGGCCCGAGCUCAGGCGCGCGCCGCGGCGGGCGUUCAGCCCGGUGACUUCAUCGGGGUGCAGUACCAUGUGGCGGGCGCGGUGCUGAUCCACGAGCGCGUGGUGGUGCUGGUGCCGCCGGGGCUACCUGGCGCGGCCUGCAUCAUCACGCCCGACGCGGACGAGUACGACGAGCUGUUCCGCAGCCUGCCGACGCCGGCCACGCUGUUGACGGCCGCAGCCGCUGCCGCGGGCCGCCUCGGCCUUGCAGCCCCGCCUGGGCCCAUCGUGGCCAACGCAGGUGGGCGGGCGCUGGCAGCGCCGUCGGCGGCGGCAGCGGGUGCGCUGGUGCCUGCCGCCGCGGCCCCGGCCGCCGCCCCCGCUGCGGGCGUGGCCGGGCUGGUGGCCGCCUUGGGGGGCCCCGCGGCGGCGCCCGGGGCCCCCGUGCCCCCCCUGCCGGGCGGCGCGGUGGCGCCGGCCCCUGCGCCCGCGCCGGCGCCCGCGCCGGCGUUUCCAGGCGCUGCGGCGCCUGCCGCACCGCCCGGCGCCCAGACCGACGCCCGCGCGCUGCCUGUAGCGUGCAACGCCCUCGGCCAGAGGAAGCUGGGCUUCGCGGAGGCGGUGCUGCGCCUCGUGGAGCACGAGUGGCCGGACUGGCCCAUCUCGGGGCCGCGGACUACGCUGUGGGUGCGCCUGUUCAUGAAGGACAACGGGAUGUCGCCGCUGGGCCGCCACAGCAAGUGGCGGUCGGAGGGCCGCCUUGCGCUCACCGACGCAGGGGUGGCCGAGCACGAGCGCUGCUGCUUCUAUCUGGAGCAGAUGGCGUGCUACGACUUGCUGAACGUGCCGGACGUGGCGGCAGCGGAAAUGGUCUGCAGGAGCAUCCAGGUGCAGGAGGAGAGGUGGCGGGAGCGGUUCGUCACCAAUGCCGACGAAUCGCUCGACUCGCACCUGUUCUACGGCACCUCGGCGAACCGGGGCAACGUGCGUGCGCAUCCCCAGCUGCUGGCGCACGUCAGCGGCGAGCUCUCGAAGGAGUACACCGUGGCCAAGGAGAAGCGCAAGGCGCGCGAGGAGCGCCAGAGCGCCAGGGCGCCGAACAACAAGGACAAGAAGGGCGGCAAGGACAAGCGCGUGCCCGAGCGCCGCCCCUGCCGGGCCGUGCGCCGGCGGCUCUGCCGCUCCGACGUGCUGCUGCAGUGGGCCGACCAGGGCGUCGACGCGCUCAAUUGCCUGCACGGCCAUGCUGGUGCACCUCCGUCGGCGCCCGCGAACCUGGGGCAGCAGACCAGUCUGAACUAUGUGGAGGACUGCUACCUGGGGAUGGGCGCGACGCCGAGCGAGCCAGGUUUUUGUGAAGAAGCCCUCCGCGAGCUUCUCAGUGGCUCCACCGUCUACGCUGAGGAUGGUGGCGCCCGGGUCCCGUGCUCGAAGGAGCUGGUCUCCUGGCCUGAGGUGGGCUCCAGCCCCGUCGACCUUGUGGGCUGCCUCACUCAGGAUGACGCUGAUUGGGCACGGGAUUGGCGACAUAACUUGCUCAAGACGCCCGACGAGGCGCUGCUCGGGGCCCGACAAGCUUGCCCACGCGGACCUUUCGUCGACCCUCGGUUGGCGCGAGAUCCAGUUUUGCAUGGUGACUUUGUUCGGCGGCUUCAUCAAUGUGGAAUGUUGCGCUUCAAGGUAGCCUCCACUGCCAAGCACGUGAUUGGUGUAUUUCUUGCGAGGAAGAAGUCCAGCAAGCUUCGCAUAGUGUUCGACACGAGGUGCGCCAACGCCUUCUUCCACCCGGCGCCCGCGACGCGGUUGCCUACAGCGGCUGCGGUGUCUUCGGUGGAGUCGGGCGGCUUGCCGUUAUGCGUGGCGGCGGGCGACCUCGACAGUGCCUUCUACCGUCUCAGGCCCAUGUCGGGCUUAGAGGACUACUUCACGCUGCCGCCGCUUUCCUCCUCCCUGGCGGGUGUCACCGAGCUGGAAGGAGUGAGCAUUCCGGCAGGGGCCAGCCUGGUUCCUUGCCUUACCAUCCUGCCCAUGGGGUGGUCGUGGGCGAUGCACUUCUGCCAGGCUGUGACCAUGCGCGCCAUCUCGGUGGCGGGCUUCCCGGACUCGCAGAUCGUGGAGGACGGUCGCUCCAGCGUGGCCCUGCCCGCCCGCUCAGACACGGCGGCGGCGGGCUACGCGGGCAACUUCUACGUCUUCGGCCACGACGCCUCGCUGGUCACGCGGCGCCGAGAUGACGUGUCGGCCGUGCUGCGCGGGUGGGGCUUGACGGUCCACGAGGAGACGGAUGCCUCCCCAGACGCCGUCCUGGUGGGCCUGGAGCUUCGGCAGGGCCGCUGGCUGUCGAUCAAGCGCCGCAACCUGCGGCGGCUCCGCGCGGCGCUGGACACCGUGCUGCGCCGGGGCUGCUGCUCCAGCAAGAUGCUUGAGGUGCUGGUGGGCCACAUCACGUGGGCCUGCUUGAUCCGCCGGGAGCUGCUCUGCGCGUUGAGCUCCGGGUACCCGCACAUGGCGGCCGGCUUGCCGACGACCUCGCGGCUGCGGCAGUCCGUGCGCCAGGAGCUGUGGCUCAUCCGCUCGCUGCCCCCGCUCCUUCAGCAAGACCUGAGCAGCCCCUGGCACGACGUGGUCGGAGUGAGCGACGCCUCCGAGUUCGGAGUCGGCGUCGCCGCGCGGUCGGCGCGGCCUGACGUUGCGGCGCAGCACGGCCGCCAGUGCGAGAUGCGGCGUUACCGAGUGCACGGCGCCGAGAAGGCUGGUUCACAGGGCCUUGCCGACGCGCUGCCGCCGCCAAGCCUGGCUGCUCACCUGCGGGGCCCCCUGGGGCUGACGGGCCGACGCUUGAAGGAGCGGGGCUCGAUGGCGGGCGCCUCGGCCUCUCGCCGCCAGGCGGAUCGCCACCGCAGAGCUGCGGCGGCUCGCCAGGUGGCGUCCGAGCGGGGGCCCUCGGGCGGCCUCUCGGCGCUGGAGCGGACGGCGGUCAGGCCGGGCACGGAGCGCCUAUACCAGGUGUAUUUCCGGGCCUUCCUGCAGUUCUGCCUCGUCAUGGCCAUCGACUGGACGAGCGAGGCCGAGAUGGGCGCGGCCCUGGUCACGUACCUGAAUUCGAUGUACUUCGAGGGUCGCGCCCCGAACGAGGGCUCUGCGCUGCUGGCGCCGCUGGCGCACUACACGCCGGCGCUGUACAAAAGGACGGCUCAGGCCUUGCCGAGGGCGACGCGCUGCUUGGCGGGCUGGCGCCGGCGCGUCCCGACCAGGAUGCGCCUGCCGCUGCCGCGCAGGGCCGCCUUCGCCAUCGCCGGGGCGCUGGCGGCCUGGGGUCAGCCGCGCAUGGGGCUCUUCGUGAUGCUGUCGUUCGCGGCCUACCUCCGCCCGCAGGAGGCCUUCCGUCUGGCCGGGCGCCACCUCGCGCCGCCGGUGGCCCACUUGGGUCAGGCCCCCACUCCGUGGGGCCUGCUGCUGCACGACUCCGACUUGCAGCUGCCCGGGAAGACCAACCUGUGGGACGAGAGCGCGUUGCUGGACCAGGCGCCGUGGCUCGAGCCAGCCCUGGAGGCGCUGAGGACUGUCGCGGGCGACGGCCCCCUCUGGGACUUCCUGCCUACGUCGAUUGUUCGGCUCUUCAAGGAUGCCUGCCACGCCCUGGGCCUUGCGCACCUGCAGCCGCAUCUAUACCCCCUCCGUCACGGGGGGGCCAGCGAGGAUCUGUUGUCGGGCGCCAGGACGCCGGAGCAGGUCACGCGGCGGGGUCGCUGGGCCACUGUGGCCUCGCUCCGCCGCUACGGCAAGGAGACCCGCCUCCUCCGGGAGGCCGCCAAGGUGGACCCCGACGUGCUGCUGUUCGGCGAGAUCGUGGAGCGCAACUUCCUGGACGCGCUGCGGGGCGGCCCCUUGCUGCCGCUGGUGUGGGACGAGCUGCCGGCGAGCGUCUGCGCCAGCAAGUGGAGGAGCUGCUUGUUUCUGGAACUGUUCGCGGGGCAGGGUCGCAUCUCCAAGCGCAUCUGCGACCUGGGCUACGGGUGCCUGGACCUUGACCUCGCGCACGGGGCCUGUGAGGAUCACCUCCACACCACGUUCGAGUCGGUGGUGCGCGGGUGGCUGCUGAGCAAGGUCGACCCUGGCCCCCCUCCGGACACGUUCGGCGAGUACAAGAAGACCAGCGAGGAGAACACUGGGGUGAUUGAGAUGAUCAACACGCUCAUCAAGAGCUUGGACCUCGACAUGACGGAGGCGAAGGCCGAGGAGAAGAACGCUCAGGAGGAGUACGUGCUCUUCAUCAAGGAUUCGGCGGGAAAGCGCCAGGCGGACACGAAGGCGGUCGCCGACAAGGAGGAAAGCAAGGCGAACCUGGAGGCCGACCUCGAGGAGUACAAGGCG